GGUUGUGACCAUUCCCCAGCAGGUGGCGAAUCAAGAGUGUCCGUCCAAAAACACACGCUAUCGAUGAAUCCGUCCCUAGUAUUAUUGGAAAAAUGGAUCUGAACAAAUUAUGAUUUUUGAAACAACAUCCAAUAAAUGCAUGAAAAUUACUAUUACCCGUUAAAUCCAGAUAAUCAUUAAAAUUCGAAGCAAUGACCCUUUCCUGUUUAAACAAUCCGGGGAAAUUCAUCCUCACUGUUGGUGAAGUUCUGUUAAUUAGCGCCAUGAGGGGGAGGAAAUAGAGGCUUUGCUGUGAGAGAAAGGUGAAAUGAGAGGAUGCUCUACCGUGAUGCGGCUGUCUCAGGUAUAGUCGAACUGACGAGAGAAUCGUCUUGAGACCACUCUUAGAAUGUCUACCGCCACCAGCGAAGAGGGACUAGUAUUGAAGUCCAAUCCUGGGUUAAAAAUUCGAACGAAGUUUCGGCUAACAGAUGUACCGAUGGGCAUGGGGAAGAUCAAAAAGAAGAAAGGAGGACCAGAAGGUCCAAGAAAAAUAAUAUUUCCUGUAGAAAAAGAUCCCAAGAAAUUGAUAUCAUUUGUCUGUGGUUCUAAUAUCCUGAAAGAAGGUGGUCAAGAUGUUGAAAUCAAACCUGAUUCUGAAUAUCCAGACUGGUUGUGGACCAUCAGACUAGGGCCUCCACCACCUCUCGAAGAAAUGGAUCCCAACACCAAACAGUACUGGAGAAGACUGAGAGCUAUGAAAAUUGGUGAUGUCAAUCGACUUAAUUCUUUAAGGUCAUGGCACAAGACCACUAAAUAAAUUCUUCACAAAAUCUGUACAAAUUAAUUAUGAUAAUGUAAUUUUUAUUAAUAUAAAUGUAAUUGUUGAAUAAUAACCAGAUAUGUUUGGUUCUCAAAA